AUGAAGGCUCCCAGUAUCUACAGAGCAGUCAUUGCCGCAGCAGCACUCAGUAGUAGCAGGUUCGAUGGCACUGCUGCAGACGCUGAGGGCACAAAGGAAGAAGAGCGAUCCGCAGAUGCAACAGUGGAAGCAGCAGAGGCCGUGGGGCUACGAUGUCCGGUAGCAGUGCCGUGUAAGCUGGAGAUGGGAACAGCGUUCGGCGAUACUUGGCUGAGAGCGGAGGACGGUGAAAUCGCCUACUUUGAGGUGGCCGGCACUCCACAAGUGCAGCCCUCGGAAGUGAUCGUUACGCUGGCCUACGGCGACGUCGAGACGUAUGCGAGCAGUUCGGGGCGGGAGCCGACGCCCAGCGAGUCCGACUGGAGCGGGGGAAGGGUCCUCCGCCUCCCCGGUUGGUCCGUCCCUCACGAGGGGGACACCGUGGUGGUGAUGAUCAAGGCCACGGGUACCGCCGGCGCGCUGUACCGGGUUCUGGCGGCGAGCGACGAGGACGUGCUGCGGCUAGAGGACGGCAUGCCGGUGCAGAUGCUCCAGGACGCGUCCGAGAUGCGGUGCGUGAGGGUGAGGGGCGGGAGAAACCUCGUGGUUGCGUGA